AUGUCAUCACUUACUUCAAGUAUGGCUACUGAUUUGGACAGUGACCAAGGCGUAGAGGUCCCAUGGGAUUCAUUCCACUCUGAGAACCUGAAAUUUAUCAGUUACAAUCCCUCAAGCGAUGACCAUUUCUUCAAUUCUAUCCAAGCGUAUUCAUCUUCAAUCAUCAACUUCUGCGCAUCAGCCUCACGGCUGAUGGACCUCAAAUUCACCUCCAGCGUUGCCAGACAUCUCCAGAGGAACUCCCAUUUAUUUGUGAUCAUCAACGAAGUAGACGAGGACGACAUGUUCACAUCUAUCGGUACACUUUUCUUGGAGUCAUCUCAUCGAGAUAUGGCCCACCAUCGGUGCUCCAAGCUGGGAAUCGGCACCUUAAAGGAGUAUCAACACUAUGAAACCGAGGCAGUCAACUGGGUAUUGAACUGGGCAUUCAAUAAUGCUGGUCUACAUCGGGUGGAGGUUAGUGUUCCAUUCUGGAAUACGCGAGCGUACAAGGUGUAUGAGGAGAUUGGGUUUCACACAGAGGGGGCAAGAGUGGAUUGUUAUUUCAAAGACGGCGAGUGGUGGGACGAAACGAAUAUGGCUAUUCUGGAGAAGGACUGGAAGCUACGUCAGGUUGAGAUGAUGAAGUAG